AUGAAUAAUAGUAAGCGAUUCGGCAUUUCGCCUUUAUUUUAUGGUCAUUCGCCGAAUUAUGGACAAGACGAUUCAACUUAUUAUCUAUUUCUUGAAUAUGUUGCUGGUGGUGAACUAUUCAAGAAAAUUGAUCUUAAACCAGAAAAUAUUCUCAUUGCAAAUAAUGAUAUUCUCAAAAUUUGUGAUUUCGGUUUAGAAACAUUUUUUCGUAAUCAAACAGUAGAAGAUGAACAAAUAUUGACCACAUAUUAUGAAUUACCAUGGGACCAACUAUCUAAUGAAGAUAUUGAAUAUAAACGUUGGUUAGCUGGACAUGAACCAUAUUUAGAUGAAAAUAUUGAAGAAUUUCUUAAAGAAUAUUCAAAUGGAAAUUUAACAUCAUUAAAUAAUAUAAAUACAAUGAACAAUAAUAGUAAUUCAUCAUUAACAACACCUGCACUUGUACCUAUAUCAACAUCAAAAACUAAUCAUGGUUCAUCAAUAUCAAAAAAACGUAAAAUAAAUUCGUCUACAACAGUUCUUAAUAAACGUACAUCAUCAACGCCAUUGAUUGAUUCAUUACAAGAUGCUAUAUCAUCAAUAGCAACUGAUGAACAUCAAACUAGUUUAAUAAAUCAACAGAUAACAACACCGACAUCACGUCAAAAAGUUGAAUCUCUUUCCGCACUUUAA